CAUGAAAAGGGUUUUCUGUGCAAAGAGAAAAUGUCUCAAAAGGAUUAUGAGUGCUUCUGUCAAAAUCGUUCACCAAACAACUGAUCACGUUUGGAAUAUCCAACAAGAGCAAAGACAGAAGCUUCGUCAGGAAUAUUUUCAGCAGUUGUUCUCUUUGAUUCAAGAUUGCAAACGGGGUGCACGGAACCUCCAAGAAGAAGAAGAAAAUAUGGCUAGUUUACUUCAACAGCUACAAAACGCUUCUCAUCACUUUGAAGCUGCUCCGAGCCAGAGAAUGAGCAAAGUUAGAAUGUUGUUCCAGGGUUACUUGAAGAGUGUGGAGGACCUGGAGGAGAACCAUCAAACUAUUUUAGCUCGUGAACAUUAUGAACUUGUGAUGAAGAUGGCUGCAUUGCAAACCAAACUCAUGAUGGAAACUCUGGAAGAGCUGACUUGUUACUCUACUGACCCUGUGAACAAUGAAGCUGAACCUGAGUGAUGUGAUGGAGUCCUCAAAUUAGCCAAGGAAGCCAGUGUGGCUUAAAAUUCCAGUCUAAAUUAGUGCCUCUCCUUUGUUAUCUUGUUAAUUGCCAGACCUCCUUUCCAUUGAAACCCAAAUAAAUCCUACCAGUUAUGUGAGUAGCAGCAAUUCCAAACUUACAUGUGUCAAGCUUCCAGCCCUUUGGUAGGAACAACGACUUUAUCUCCCUAAUGCUGUCAGUUAAC